GGUCAAUCACAUGUUCUAAUUUUUCACCAAUCAAGUGAGGAUAGAGACUAUUUUGAUUGGUUAUUAUUUUUAACCUUGAGAAAACAAUGAAUAAAUCAAUAGGAGGAAUCUAGUCUUUCUUUAUAUGACUAAGGCAAUGCUUAUAAGAGACGUUAUAACACUGUAACUUGUGCGCGCCUUUAAUAUCACAAAAUGGUAUCUUCACUACUGGCUAAAGUUGGAACUUGUGUUGUUCAGUCUGCACUUGGUUCACAAACAGUGACUUUGGAUAGCUUUUGGCGGGAUCAGGCAUGUAUUAUCACAUUUUUUCGUCGUAUGGGAUGUAAAUUUUGUCGGCUGGAGGCUAAAAAUUUAAGUCAACUGAAACCUGCACUAGAUGCACGUAAUAUUAAACUCAUUGGAAUUACAUUUGAUAAAGAUGGUGUACAAGAAUUUCUUGAUGGACAUUAUUUUGAUGGAGGUUAG